GCCUCUGAUCUUGUAAGCUUCAAUCAUAGUGACUCUGAGGACUGUCAACUUCUCCUAGGGCAGAUUACCCCCCAGUGCGCCAAACGCCAUAGCUCACUCGUUUAGCUACGGAAUCGAGUGAUUCAACUUUCAGUGGAAAGCUGACACUGCCAGCUACAACAUAUCCGAUUUUCAGAUCGUUUCACCGAUUGGAGUUUUUGAUAUAGCUAUUCGAAGGUCGCGAGUUUUCUGGGCGUCAUAACGAAGUGCUGCAGAAAUUUCCAAGGAGCCAUUGAAUCAUCUGCUUAUAGCCUUCUCUAACCAACAAGUGGUAUCAGAGCCUAUUAUCACGCAUUUGGGACCUAAAAUACGAUGGGAGAUAAAGAGGACUCUGGUGGAGGUGAUACUUCAGUCCAAGGAGGCAGCUCAACCCAAGAUUCUGGCAUUGCAGCGCAAAGGGGAGCGCGUACAAGCCAGGGGUCACUGCUUAAGGAGGUGCUGAAGAACUUCACCAUUGAGAAGUUCU